CUACAAGAUGUUUCCGUAGGCAAGGCGGAGAACAUUAUGCUGGCAAAGCCCAGUGAACUCAACAGUGUUUACUGGAAUGCCGAAAAUGCCAAUGAUGGUAACCCCGGGUCUUUACCGGCUAGAACCUGGUCCACUGUGAAUCCCUACUGGCAGGGGGAUCUACAGGGAUACUUCACUGUCCACAACAUCUCAGUUACGAGUGACGUCACCUAUGGUUUUGGAAACGAUCUUGGGAGUGCAUACGUGGAGGUGCGCGCCAGUCGCAACAGUGGUUGUCCGGACGGCGACAUCUUCAUCUGCGGCCAGUGUCCAGAAGUAGUUGGUAAAGGAGAAACCUUCACGUUCACUUGUUCCCAUCCACGGCCAGUGAGAUUCGUGAAGGUCUGGCGAAACAUGACUGGUCGUUUAGUCAUUUCAGAGGUUGUGGUGCAUGGGACUCCAGCGACAACAAGUGUGACCAAGUAUAGUAAGGCGAUCGACACGAAAGUAUCAACACCAAUGACGUCACUCGCAGUUACUUCCGCCGCUGAUUGCAGUUCCCGAUGUUACGCAAACAAGUCUUGCCUGAGUUUCAGUUACCACCCAACAGCUGCCCCCAACUGUCUCCUUGCAACAAACCCAGAAGAUGCAGCAGAAGCUGUAGGAUGGUCCAAGUACACCAUCGACGGAUGCUCAAGUUACAACAGCUGUGAAUGACCCAAUGUUACUAGAGCCACUAUUAAUGCUAAAUCACAUUCAAAAGUGAUCAGAAAUAUUUUAUAUUGGCCAUUAUACUUUCUCGGUAAAGUACAGAUACUUUGGGGGAUUGAUCACUGACUUUGUGUGUUGAUUUGAGCCAAUCUCGAUAUCAGGGAUCAACCACCUAAAAGUAUGAGAAUCUGUACGUGAGACCGUGUUAUCUCAAACCGUGUUUCAGAACCGUUAAUGGUUCACUAGACCUUCUAUACUGCAGAGAUUAUUUCUCUAUAUAUGCAAAAUCCUUUCGGAGAACAUGGUGGCGUAUCUUUGCAAUAGUAUUGUCUCAUUACUCGAUACACUACGUUAAGGGAUUUUAGUAUAAUUACACUCGUUACUAUAACAAACUUUGGUAGUCUUGCAGUAUGUCCUUACAUUGUUUUAUUCCUCGAGACAAGAGAGAUCCAAAAUUAGUGCAAGGAGGAUAUUUUGUGAUAUGUGUUGUACUACGUUAAGACAGUACUUUGGAAAAUACUACAGAUUAUUAGAGCCUUUCCAGGCUAAUCUAACCCAGAAUAUUUUUAAAAGUUCCAAAACAGUUUCACUAUACAAGAGAGGAUUCACAACCUGGGUCUAUUUGUUUAGCUUAACCACUAUAGCAGCAAGGUGAAACUAAUCAUCCCGUUAUUGUUAUCAUUGCAAUAUUUUACCAUCGUAUACUACCAUUGAGCCAUUUACUUUUAUAUGGCUGUCAUAGGAAUUCCUUUAUAGUGAUUAUCAUUUUGAAUACAUUAUACCACAUUUAUUUGCUGUUUGUUGGUUUCACGUCGGAGUGAUUUCUGAUUAGCAUACUGUUUCAACGUGGGAAACAACACAACAGAAACUAGGGGCGAAGUAUUUACCCAACAGUUUUGGAUUAAAAUCUUAUCAUCUGACGUGAGAAACGACCAACAACCAGGACCUUAACUUUCAGCCAACCUCCUACGGAACAAGUCUCUUUCGUCAAAGCUUCCGAACGGAUUGCAGGAACCAAAUAUUGCAAAACGCUACAUCAGAUCAGAUAUGCUGCAAGAAGCAGUCAGGAAAAUAUUGAUUGCUUUUCUCGUUGAGAAAGAAAUUCUGGACGAUGACUUUUUGGCUCUGUUAAAAAAUAAUACUCAUGUUUUGGAUCUAAAUAACUUGGAACGUGAAAUAGAAAAAAAAUAAUGGAAGCUGAGAAAGAAAAAAAACCCAGAAAGAAUUUCAGAUUAGGCGGAUGGAAAUUGAAGCAAAGAUAAAUAGAAUAUUAAGCUGACGUAAAUUAACUCACAAAAUGACCCCUCUCAGACGUUCCUCCAUAUGGUAGAUCGACUGCUAUGUCAAUGCAGAAUAAACUGGUUCAGCCCUUCUCAGUGAAUUGGUUUUCAGCAAUCCACGCUUGUCUUAGGAAUGCUUCUUUUGCGGCAAAAUCACUGUGUUUGUUUUCGGCAGUGGGGGUUUUCAGGCAUGAAGUCAUAUGGUUAUAAACCAGAAGGUGUUCAACCUAUCCCAGUCAUCGUUUAAACAUUUCAAAGAAUGGUUCUGAGUUUGUUGACAAAAUGUCAAGUUCUGCACCAGUUGGUUCUAAAGUUAUUUCAGGAUUUUCGUCAGAUUAGAGCUAACUUGUAAAUGAUGCUGUUCACCUAGCAUUUUAGAGUUUAGAACGCUUGCUGUCGGAAAUAGUCAUUCUUUCCCAAACGCUUUUGUGAAUGUCCUGUCACAACCUUUAAAUGUUUCCACUGAUGAGUUACCUUAUGUAGACAAGUCAGCAAAUCCUGCUGUUGUGAGAGAGUGAAAUCUCCUUUUGUUAGUAGAGGUUUUGUGUCAGUUAAAUGUAACAGUUCCAUGGUUAAACCCAUUGUCUUUUAAGGGACGACUUUGGGUGGUAUUUUCCGAUGUCCGUGGCGUCAUUAACUCAGAGUUUUGUUUAGAGGCUGAAUUUUGGUUAAGAAUAUAUAUUGAAGUUAAUGUAUAUUAACUGUUUAGUGACUACAUACACUUUUUUUAAACUCAGUUAUGCGGCAAUUACACCUCUGACGUCUGAGAUGCAUUUCAAUGAUC